ACUAUCACAAACUUUUUAAAAUUUUGUAUUUUAUGAUAUAAGUGUUACGCUUCUUGAUACUAUUUUUUUAACCGCAAAACGAACCCCUUUUUGCUGAUUUGGGGUGUGUCUGAGGCCCGCCAACGUAAUGAACUAACGCAAAUAAAAUCUCUAGAUCAAAAUGGGAACGGAAUUAAACCAUUCGAAACGUACAAUGUGGAAGGGUGCGUUAUUUCAAAAUCCAAUCGCCGAAGAGGUACUAUGGCGUUAUUGAUUCGUCGGAUAUUAGGUGAUGUACAGACAAAAGUUCGCAAAAUGGUAGAAGAACACUCCACAAAUUUAAAAACACAAAUCGAAUCCGAAUAUUCACCGUUAAACGCAAUGCACGUUUCAGCAAGUUUAAAAUCAUCGACCGAUGCAAUGCACGACGUUACCGAAUACAUAUCGGUAAUCAAGUCGAACGAUAUCGAUAACCAGCAAAUGGGGAUAAUGAUGAGUGAGAAACCGAUCGUCGAUGACGGAACGGACGUAUCAUCGUCGACGAAGAAAUUGGGUAGCAAAAGUAGUACGAGGCCGAGUUCGAUAGAAUCGAAACGGAGCAAAUCAUUGUGUAACACAAGUUCCGUCGAUUCGCAAGAAGAUCCAAAGACUAAAAAGGACGUUAAAAAAUCACAAUCAAAUCCGAUCAAAUGUGAUGGUGAUCCGAUCGAGGAUGAUGGUGACGCGAAAGUGAAGUGCGACGAACUUGAUAUGAAAGUGAUGGAAAAAUCUAGUCCUGUUGAAAGUCUUGCUAGUGAUUUUCUUAGUGUUGGUAGAAAUGAUUCACCCAAACCAUCUACUAGUCAAGGAGACAAUGAAUCUCCAUCUCCAAGAUCUCCACGAAGCUCAGAUGGUGCUGUAACAAAAGACGAACUGGCAAUUUUAGCUAUUCCAUCGAACAGUUCGACAAGAACUAAUGGAGCAAUAAGACGAUUGCGCCUGGAAAACGAGAAACUCCAGGCCGAGGUGACGAGAUUAAGAAGAUUGGUGGUUUCUGGGGCGUUGUCACUCCUUAAUGAGAAAAAACUGGCUGCCGCCGCAACAACCGCAAGCACAAUUUCCCCGAACGCCACCGUUGCCACACCUUCCGUAGGUUCUACGGAAACCGGAAAUGCAGAAUCGCCUGUUAAAGUACAGGCCCUUCAAAUUGAAUUACAACUAACCAAAGAAGCACUUUUAACUUUGAAGUCGGAUAGAAGACGUCUGAAAGCUGAAAAGUUUGAACUACUCAAUCAAAUGAAGCAGUUAUAUGACACUUUGGAGGACAAAGAGAAGGAGCUACGAGACUUUAUUAGAAAUUAUGAGCAGAGGAUGAGAGACAACGAAACAUCUUUACAACAACUUUCAACGGAACGCGAAGAAAGAGAACGCGAACGAUGGAGUCUUCUACGUCACGCAAGAGACGAGGCGGAAAGAAGUCUUUCGUUGGCAGCUCAACUCAACGCUAAAGAACUUCAACUUCAACACGCCCAAGAGCAAUUACACGACGCAAACAGCGCAAACAUUUACGAAUCUUUAGUGUACGGUGUAUGUGAUUUGCGAAAAAAUACGCAGGCGAGAAGACAGCUCGCGUCGAGCGGUUGCCUUUCAGAUCAAGAAUCGGUGGCCUCGAUGCCCAGGCAUAGCUUGAAUGGUGGCGGAGGAGGCGGUGGAGGUGCUGUAACCCCCGGUUCCGGAGGUUACCCAACUUCAGCGGCGGCCGGAACUCACGUUGGUCUUGGUGGUUUGGCUGGACUUGGUCUUUUACCCGGUGAUCGAGGAAGUUGCAGUGCGGAUAGCGGAGUUCGAGUUAGUUCCGAUCGUGAGAGUGCGGCAACUUCCAUCGGUGGAAACUUGUCGGAUUCGACGAUCGACGGUACGCCGACGAUUACGAUCGACGGAAAUAACGUGGUGGACGUCGAUACCAUUUCCAUAGUGUCUUCCAUUCCUCCACCUCAUAUGUAUCAAUCUGUAUCAAAUAAAGACUGCAGUCCAACUUUAUCACCAUCAAUAGCGUCGUCGUUCUGUAAAUCAAUGGGUUCGGCGGUAUUAUCAAGGUCUGUGGAGCAGCUGAGUUCGCCGUUAGAUCCGGAGCCGGUGAAUUUAGGUCGUCGUGCUAAAAACAGCCAUAAUAGACCAGGGGGUGGACGAGGCGGCACUUGGGGCAGCAUAUCGCGCGUAUUCGCACGAUCUCGUAAUCGGAACAAAUCUCAAUCAUUACAGGACAACAGUGAAAGCAAUUUAGAAGCGUAUCGUAAUUGGUCUCCUUUAACAGAAGAGGGCUAUGCCGAGAAGUUGAGGUUGCUUAGGGAGGCAUCUUCCAUUCCGAUGGAGCGAUGGAGAGCGCCAACGGUCGUCGCCUGGCUGGAGGUCGCGCUGGGAAUGCCGCAAUAUGGUGCAAGAUGUGCCGAAAAUAUCAAAAGUGGAAAGGUUUUAUUGGAAUUGAGUGAUUUUGAGUUAGAAUGUGGAUUAGGUAUCACACAUCCAAUGCACAGGAAAAAAUUGAGAUUGGCUAUUGAAGAACAUCGACAUCCCGAAUUGAUUCGUUAUAGUUGUAUUGCCCAAUUGGGACAUACUUGGGUUUCAAGUGAAUGGUUACCUGAUUUAGGAUUGUCACAGUAUUCUGAUGCAUUUGCUGCAAAUUUAGUGGAUGCUCGAAUGUUAGAACACCUCAGCAAAAAAGAAUUGGAAAAAUAUUUAGGUGUAACAAGAAAAUUUCAUCAAGCUUCGGUAGUUCAUGGUAUUCAUUUGUUACGAAUUAUGAAAUAUGAUAGACAAGCUUUAGCUGUAAGAAGACAUCAAUGCGAAAAUAUGGAUACUGAUCCGUUAGUCUGGACCAAUCAACGUUUUAUUAGAUGGGCUAGAAAUAUUGAUUUAGGAGAAUAUGCAGACAAUCUAAAAGAUAGUGGUGUUCAUGGUGGAUUAGUAGUUUUGGAACCAUCUUUUAAUGGGGAUACAAUGGCAACGGCACUCGGGAUCCCAACAAGUAAAAAUAUCAUUAGACGUCAUUUGACAGCCGAAUUAGAAGCUUUGAUACUGCCAGCAAGAUAUGUUAUUUUCUGCCAAAUGGAAGAAUUCCAGUUGGAAGCGGCAAGAGUUGCUACAAAACAUCAUAAAACCGGCAAGGCCAAAAACAAUAAUUAUUAAACAAUAAUUAUCAUUUUUUUAUUAUAAUAUGGUUUCGUUGUGAUAU